AUGGCUGCAUUCGCUCCGAUAUCGUCUCCGGUGACUCACCCGCGAACACAAUUUCUCUCAAAUCCCAUUCUCCCUCGCUUCCGCCGGUCUUCCUCUGCCGUGAAAUCACCAGCAACUUUCUCCGUCGUCUCUAUGGCUCCUCAGAAAAAGGUGAACAAAUAUGAUCCCAAGUGGAAGAAACAAUGGUACGGAGCCGGAUUGUUCGUGGAAGGAAGCGAGGAAGUAAACAUCGACGUUUUCAAGAAGCUCGAGAAGCGAAAAGUGCUUAGCAACGUUGAGAAAUCCGGCCUGCUUUCGAAAGCAGAAGGCUUGGGACUUACAUUGUCAUCUCUUGAGAAGCUUGGUGUAUUCUCCAAAGCAGAGGAUCUUGGUCUUCUCAGUCUCCUUGAAACAUUAGCCGGUACAUCGCCCGCGGUCUUAGCCUCGGCUGCAUUACCGGCUCUUACGGCUGCAAUUGUAACCGUGGUGCUGAUUCCUGAUGACUCGACUACUCUGGUGGUUGCUCAAACGGUUUUGGCCAGUGCUUUUGCUCUUGGAGCUGUUGUUUUGUUGGUUGGAUCUGUUGUUUUGGAUGGUCUUCAAGAAGCUGACUGA